AUGUUCCCGUUCGACCAGAUAUUGGCUAUGUUUAAAGCCCUGAGCAACACGUAUUCGCCGCUCGUACUCAACCAUGAGUGGCCGAAACUUGGCCGGCUGCUCUUCACCCUUCUAUGCAGCGUGGCAGGCGUGUUUAUGAACGGCUUCUACGUAGCUUCCUUCUUCGUUGAACCUGGCCUAAACAAGAUCGCGAACCUGAGCCGCGUGUAUUCGCCGGUCAUACUUAGCUAUGAGUGGCCGAAACUUGGCUGGCUGCUCUUCACCCUUCUAUGCAGCGUGCUAGGCGUGUCUGUGAAUGGCUUCUUCGUAGCUUCCUUCUUCGUUGAACCUGGCCUGAACAAGAUCGGAUAUGUGUUUAUGGCAUGCUUAGGCUUGUCGGACCUGAUCAUAUCCGCGACAGUGUUUCCGACGUCGACGGUGGUACUGCUGUCUGGCGAAUGGGAGACGGUUCCGGUGUGCUCAGCGCUCCAGUUCGUGACCGAAGCCGCGACGUACAGCUACAGUAUUUUCUUCAUGAUGUCCGCGAUAGAGUCGUACUACAGACUCUGCAAGGCUCGACGGGAUUACCAAUUCCUAAUCUCAAUGAGGAUCGGUCUCUUCACAGUCACCCUAUUUACUAUCGCGUUUCUCACCGCCGCCGUCGGAGUGUACAUGGACCUGGACUACGACUACUGCAGACGCAGCCACACGGGCAACCUAAACUUCAGGAUAUCUACAUCUAUCAUCUUCUACGUUAUUCCAUUUCUCGUUAUUUUCUUCUGUCUCGCUAACAACGCCUGCAGAAUUAGUAACAAAGCACGAAAACAUAACCAUUACAAACGCAGCCUACAAUUUGAGAUGGAAACAACUGCAAACAAUCUCAACAUUUUCGCAUAUUUCAUGUUUCUGUCAUUUUGGAUACCGGCCCUGGUCAUUGUCUACCUGUAUCCUGACGCUGAGGACUGGAAAUACUAUCAUAGUAUAUGGCUCGGUAUAUUUCGCAGCGUUACUACAAGCUUAGUCUAUGGGUCCAUGGACAGAUAUUUUAGGCGUGCUUUUGCACACCUAUUUUAUUAUUGUUGCUGUAAAAGCAGCAUUUCCGGGUCCUACGCCAGUCGGCACAGGCGAGCUUUGGAGUGCAAGGCUCUAGGUGAGGUGAGGGUGCACAUCAUGCACCAGGCUAUGAACGCCAACAGCCCUCAGCGAGGAGCGUCAUCGUCCCGGGAGACCCAAGAACUGUAG